AUGGCUGACAUGGCAGCGAUGGCUGCAACGGGGGGUCUGAAUGGAGGGCAUAUUCGGCGGAAUAGCUGGGGCAUUCAGAGAUCGGCAGGGAAACCAUGGGGCGGUGCAGGGGAGGCCACCGGCCCCUCCGCUCCGAGAGUAGCUGUGCUCUUUCUGGCUGCAGGGUGCGGAGGGCGAUGGGAUGCUGGACCUCUACAGGAGCGUGGUUCACGAAGUGCGCUGGGGAGGCGCCAAGGCAUCCGGCGGAGAGGCCUCGCGCGCCGGGUGCUGAACCAGAGGCAGAGAGAGGCCGUAGAGGCGCCUGCGGGUGAACACCUGGUCAUUGCGGGCGCAGGCACCGGCAAGACCACGACGCUGACGGAGAGGCUGGCACAUCUCGUGAACCAAGGUGUGCGGCCGGAGGGGAUCGUUCUCCUCACCUUCACCCGCAUCGCCGCGGAAGAAAUGACAUCCAGAGCAGAGGCACUGGUCGGGCACAAGAUGCAGGGUGUAAGGUCUGGUACAUUUCACGGCUUCAGCCUCAACAUGCUCCAGAAGUACAAGGCUCGGCUGGGCUUGCUUUCGGGCUUCUCUGUGCUGAAUGCCUCGGAUGCAGAGGGCAUCAUCGCUCAGAAGCGCAGAAUGCUGGGCUUGAACGGACGAGAAGUAGAGUUCCCAAGUGCCGGCAGGCUUGCGACCCUGUUUUCAAGAAGCGCGAAUACCGGGGUCUCUUUGCAGUUACUGUGCGAACAGUGGCAACAUUCUCGACACACCGACGGCAUUCUCGCAGUCUGGGAGGAGUACGAAGCAGAGAAACGGCGCUCGAACUACCUGGACUUCGACGACCUAUUGGUCCGCUGCCAUCUUCUCUUCGAGAAAGAUGAAGUUGUUCGCCAACUCGAGGCAGGAGCCUGCGAGCAUCUUCUCGUGGACGAGUACCAGGACACGAGCCCUGUCCAGGACUCCAUUGUCAAGCAUCUCAGCUCGGUGAAUGGAAAUGUCAUGGUAGUCGGCGAUGAUGCGCAGAGUAUCUACGGGUUCCGUGGAGCCUCGGUAGAGAACAUUCGGAAAUUCGAAGAUUCAUGUCACUCCAAGAUGAUUCUGGCAGACAACUACCGCAGUACGCAGCAGAUCCUGGACCUGGCGAACGCGCUCCUGAGCAGGUCGACAGAGCACUUCCGCAAGGAGCUUCGGUCCGAAAUCUGCGGUGACCUGCCGCAGCUCAUGAGCUUCAGGAGCGAUUUCACAGAGUCGCAGUGGGUCGCAGCCAAGAUAAAGGAGCUACACCAGGAGGGUGUUCCUCUGAAGAACAUGGCGGUGUUGUACCGCAUGAACCAGAGGUCACGAGAGCUAGAAGCGCAGCUGCUGCAACAAGGCCUUGAGUACCGCAGGUACGGCGGCCACAGAUUUGCAACACAAAGUCACGUCAAGGACCUCAUGGCUGUGAUUUCCGUGGCGCUGAACCCGCUUGAUGUGGUUCAUUGGAAGAGAAUCUUGAGACUCUUCGCUGGCGUUGGCGAGGUCACUGCGCGACAGGUGGUCAACUCUGUGAAAACGAACGAUCGGCAUGAGCUGGAUCCGCAGCGAUGGGCCAAGAAGAAGUUUUAUCCGGACCUCGUUGCUCUGCAGAAGCUGUUGUCAUCACUGCGCCAAGAAUCGGAUCCUCGCACCUGCGUCAGAUAUGCCUGUGAGUGGUAUGCUCCUUUCUUGCGCGACCUCAGCAACGCUGGCGAGCGAGAGAAGGACCUGGAGACAUUGGAGGAUUGUGCAGCCUCCUGUGACUCUCUACUGGACAUGGCAAGCAAGAUGCAGAUUGAGGAUCCCUUUCCAGCAAAUGGGAAGAGGGAGAAGCAAGAGGACUCACUGACCCUUUCCACGGUGCACAGCGCCAAGGGCCUGGAAUGGGACGUGGUGUUCAUCAUGGGCGCGGAUGACGAUUUCAGGCCUUUCUCUCGCUUCGAUUCUGAGGAGCUUCGGCGGCUGAUCUACGUCGCCAUCACUCGUGCCAAGCAUUCUUUGUACUUGACAAAGUCUCGGGGUCCCUUGACACGGCUGCUAGAGGACAUCCCAGACCUGGAGGGGCUUGUUGACAUGCACGAAGAGUGUUAA